AUGACGAUCCUCAAGCAAUGUCUCCUAGCAGCUUCAUGGCUCCUGGCACAAUAUGUACAGGGUGCUUCGGUAGACGAGAAUUUCCUAUCAACACUCCGUAGCCCUCGCCCAUUCCACGCUCUUGCUUCCCCAAAUCGCAACAGAACAUGCCUCGCCCCUUCUCACAGCGAUUCGUCAGUCGAUGAUGCAUCAGGCAUUCUCUCAGCGAUUCAAGACUGCAACAAUGGCGGCCACGUUAUCUUCGCGGAGAAGCUUACCUACACGAUCGCUUCGCCCCUCAACCUGACUGCUUUGAACUCAAUCGACCUUGACAUACAGGGUACAUUAUCCUUUACCGACAAUAUCACAUUCUGGGAACAGAACUCCUUCGAUCUGGAAUAUCAGAAUGCCACAUCGUUCUUUGCUUUGGGCGGGAAAGAUGUACACAUAUACGGCGCCGGAGACAUCCAGGGCAACGGACAAGCGUGGUGGGAUGCAUAUCCCGGAAACAAAAACCUAAAGCGACCAGUUUUGUUUGCAGUAGUUGGCUUGGAAGGUGGGAGUGUGUCGCAAAUCAAGUUGCGAAAUUCUCCGUUCUGGCACAAUAUCGUCAUGGAGUCUAAGAACAUUGCGUACUCAGGCUUAGAUCUGUUUUCAACCAGCAACAAUGGCAAUUUUGAGAAGAAUACGGAUGGCUGGGAUAUCUACAGGAGCGACAACAUAGUGAUCGAGAAUUCGACGAUCACGAACGGCGAUGACUGUGUCUCUUUCAAGCCUAACAGCACGAAUGUGUUGGUGCAGAAUCUCCGCUGCAACGGCACCCAUGGUAUCUCUGUCGGCAGUCUCGGCCAAUAUCCCGAGCGUGUCGAUUACGUAGAAAACAUUCUCGUGCGCAACAUUACUAUGGAGAACUCCUCCGAAGGCGCCCGCAUCAAAGUCUGGCCAGACGCCUACUCAGAGAAGUCCGAAAGCUUGACCGGUGGCGGCGGCCGAGGCCUAGUCCGAAACGUUACGUACGAUGGAAUGCGAUUGACCAACGUCGACUACGGGCUCACGAUCACGCAAUGCUACGGCCAGGACGACGAGGAAGAAUGCUUCAAGCAUCCUAGCAAGCUCAACAUCACCGACGUUACAUUCCGCAACAUCCGCGGCCGCACGAAUCGUGUUUUCUCACCCAUCGUGGGCCAUCUCGUGUGCUCUAGUCCGCAUACCUGCUCCGGGAUUUUGGCGGAGAAUGUGGAUAUUAGAACGAUUAAUGGGUCUAAUUUGGUGACGUGCCGGAACCUAGAUACGCAAGCUUUGGGUGGUCUGAACUGCACGGAGUGGAGUAAGGGAUACAAUCCUGCAUGA